AUGCGUCUCGCGGCAGCCUUUCCGGCCGUCUUGGUCAUGGCACCCGGUCUCGCCGCAGCCACCGGAGCCCUGGGCUUCGCUCUGGGGGCGAAGCAGCCGAACGGGCAAUGCAAGUACCAAGCCGACUACGAAGCAGACUUCAGAGCGAUUCGAGACGCCUCCGGAAGUACUGUCGUAAGAAUCUACGCCGCUGACCAGUGCAACACUGCCAAGGAGAUACUUCCCGCUGCGAAGAAGGAAGAUUUUCAAGUCAUUUUAGGCGUUUGGCCCGACACGGAGGAGUCCUACGCCGCCGACAAGGCCGCAGUUCUGGAGCACAUCUCCGGCUUUGAGGACCAAGUGUACGCCGUGACGGUCGGCUCCGAGUCCCUCUACCGCGGCAACUUCACCGGCCCCGAGCUGGCCGACAAGAUCAAGGAUAUGCAAAAGUCCCUUCCCACUAUUCGUAUCGGCACCGCGGACAGCUGGAACAAAUUCCAAGACGGCACCGCCGAUGCUGUCAUCAAGACAGCCGACAUCCUGCUCACCAACGCCUUCUCGUAUUGGCAGGGCCAGACUCGCGACAACGCCACCGCGUCGUUCUUCGACUCCAUCAUGCAGGCGUUUGGUCACAUCCAGCACGUCAGCUGGCCCAGCGAGGGUGCGAAGUACCAGAAGGCCGAGCCUGGCAACGACAAUGCCGCAGCCUUCUACAGAGAGGGCGUCUGCGGGAUGGUCUACUGGGGCUUCAACGUGUUCUUCUUCGAGGCCUUUGACGAGCCCUGGAAGCCACAUGCCAUUGGCGAGGACGGCAACGCGGCCCCCGAAGUGCACUGGGGCGGAAUGAAGGCCGACCGCACUCCCAAGUAUUCCCUCCGAUGCUGA